UGUGGGGGUUGCCAUAAAUGUCCCGCGCGUGUCGCCGAAUUUUCCCGCAGCGCGGCGCCACCGGUCGACCUAUACUAGUGCGCUUUUUUGGCGGCGGCCGCGCAGUGUAAGGUCCAACCCCCGAACCGACCGGUCAUCCGAAACUAGCGAACGAGUGUGGUUAGCAGUUCAGUAGAGCGACAAAAUGGACGCGCGAUUCAAAAGCAAUCUCGACAUGAUCGGGCGCAACGAGCCCAUCACAAAGAAAGCCAAAUUCUGGCAAAGCUACGUCCGCGCGUUGAAAGGCACCGACGACAUAAGGGCCCCUGAGCACACUCACAGGCCCCGCAGCAUUUUCCGCUCGGAAUUCCCUGAGCUGCAUUCCACCUCGUGGCCCUGGGGAAAGUCCAUCUACGACGAUCCCAUCCACGCCGGAGAACGCAUCAACGUACCUGGAUACAGGUACCUGCCCGUUCACCGUGAGAUCUACGGAUACUCGCCCAGGCAGCUGUACCCCCACCAGUACAAACCCAUAGAACGCUACACCCCCGCUAAACCCUACGACGCCGAGAAAGCUUGGAACGACCAUCUGGACCGUCUGGCCGACAUCGACAGACUCUACCCUAGCAAGAGUCCUCUUCUAUCCCGUCACAGGAGCCCUCCACUCUCGACGAAACCACUCUUCGACAUCCACGGAAACCUGCUCGACGACAUAUUGCCAUCUUUACCAAGUCUGCUCCGUAAGAAGCCACUCUUCGACCUCCUGGACCCUCUUCCGUCGGCUCCCAUAAGUGCAUUCACCAGGGACCCCUGGUGGUACCCCAGCUAUGCACCCUAUAUUCCCAAUUACGCGCAGUACAGCACCCCGUUCUACCUGAGGGACAGCUACCUCAGCCCUGUCAAGCGUCGCUACCUCUGGAGCCGACAUCCCCUCAGGCCCUUCGACCUGGAGGACCUAUUCAUUGCCAGAUUAAUUUUAUAGAGACGAUCGUUUUACUACUAUUAUUCGAAGCCGGCCCCACGAUUUUACUUUACCAGGCCGUGGUACAAUUAUUGAAAACGACAAACUCACGUCUACUAGGGACACCACACCUCAUCCCGCAUGGAACACGCGAAACCAUGAAUAAAACGGUUUAAAAAGCCACGAAAAAAAAGAAAGAAAAAAAAUUACAACAAACAUUGUAUCAUCCCGAAAACUUUCGAAAUUUUUGCUCUCACAGUACAGAUCGCCCACGGAAUUUUAUUUAUUAACAUUUAUGUCACACGAUGCGCACAACCGUGCCCGUCACUCAUUUCUGGUUUAUCAAAUAAAGAAAUUU